AUGGAAGAAGGCCAAAAUUUGGUCACUUUCGAGAAAACUUUGUCUAAACUUGAGUGUAAUUCGAACACCUUUUCAAAGCAACUCAAUCAACUUCUAAAUUCUGUUAAUUUUAAUAAAUUUAAAACCAGUUCCUCUGGCAUAGAAUAUGCCAAAUUUUGCUCCACUAUGGCCUUUGUUCUCUGUUCACUUCACUACAGUAUUAAUAUACACUAUUAUAUACACUUAUAUUUACAUCAUGUUACUUUAUCUUAUUUUUUACUAGAAGGAGGGAACGUAGGGUCUCAUCCCGUAUCUAACCAUUUGAACCGAAUAAAAUCCUAUAUGAAACAAAUUAAUGAUAAGGAGACUCAAGGAAAAGCGGAUAAUAAGGUUCGAAUAAAUAAAGAGGCUGUUUUAAUUUUAAGUGAAAUUGUGUAA